AGCCUGCGAGAUGGGUGUGGGCGGUGUUCGCCUCUGGAAAAAGAAACCAAACACCGUUAAUGCUGUCUCCGCUCGUGGAGCACGGAUCCAACCCCCCCCCCCUUUGUGCCACAGAUCCUGGCAACCUAAGAGUGGUAUAAAAAGCCCCUCCACGCUUCUAGCCGGCCAGUUUUCUCUGCAGGGAGACCACGGCGGGGCGCCCAUCUGACGCCUCAGGAGACGCCUCAGGCUUGGCAGACUCGAAAGGAGAAGAAGGGUGUAAAACAAAUAAUAAAACCCACCCCUCACGCAACGCAACAUGGCUACCGUGGAGCUGACCGAGCUGGAGACGGCCAUUGAGAAAAUCGUCCAGAUCUUCUUCACGUACGCCGCCCGCGAGGGGAAAAAGGGGACCCUGACGACCGGCGAAUUCAAGGAGCUUGUGACGUUGCAGCUGCCGAACCUCAUGAAGGACGUCGGGGAUCUAGACGAGAAGAUGCGGAGCCUGGACGUCAACAACGACCAGGAGCUGAAAUUCGGAGAGUACUGGAGGCUCAUCGGGGAACUGGCCAAAGAAAUCAAGAGGGAGAAGGUCGGGAAAAAGAAGUGACCAGCAUAGGGGUGAGGGAGGGUUUGGUGGAGGGAGAGAAGGGCAUGGACCGGGAGCCACAGAGGAUGAUGAAGGAGAAAUCAAUCUGUCCUCAGGUCGCAAAUUUCAAAUUAAAAUAAUUUUUCUCCAA